AUGAAGCCCAAGGGCCAGACCCUCAACAAACGCCGCUCCAAACCGAGCCUCACUCUCGCAACUGGCCACGAAAACGGCCAUGCCAAUCGCGAGAAAAUGAACAGCAAUAUAGAAAUGCGCAAGCGGGACACACCCCCGGAGUCCUCUUCCACGCGUGCAAACCGCCUCAUGUCCCGCGACUCCUUCACCCUAGAUGAAGAGCCCUCGAUGCCCGUGACGCCGCAGACCCCGGGCCUAGCCACGACGAGCUUCCAGAACCUCCCGCAUACCGAUAAACGGAACUUCUUGUUGUUGGUCGUGUUGUACUUUCUUCAGGGCAUUCCAAUGGGUCUUGCAACGGGGUCUGUGCCGUUUUUGCUGAAGCCGCAUUUGUCGUAUGGGCAGAUUGGGGUUUUCUCGUUGGCGUCAUAUCCAUAUUCACUGAAGUUGCUUUGGAGUCCGAUUGUGGAUGCUGUUUGGAGUCCGACAUUUGGAAGACGCAAGAGUUGGAUUACCCCUGUUCAGGUUAUUGCUGGGUUGGCGAUGAUUUAUUUGGGGGGUCGCAUUGAAGAGAUGAUGACGGCGGCGGGAGCGAAUGGUGGUGCUGGGGUGUGGAAUUUCACGUAUUGGUGGUUUAUGUUGGUGUUUUUCUGUGCGACACAGGAUAUCGCCGUUGAUGGGUGGGCUAUUACGCUCAUGUCGCCGCCGAAUAUCUCCUACGCUUCUACGGCGCAAACUGUGGGGUUGACGGCUGGUCAUUUCCUCUCGUAUACGGUGUUUCUGGCAUUCAAUUCGGCGGAUUUUGCAAAUCGCUGGUUCCGCUCGACUCCAUCGGAAGGGGGUCUGUUAUCGCUUGGAACGUACCUGAACUUCUGGGGAUGGGCGUAUCUGAUUGUGACGCUAUGCCUCGCCAUGUUGAAAAAAGAGGACAAGACUCGGGAGCGGGACAGUAUUAUGCAUGUAUACCGCAGCAUGUGGAACGUGUUGAAGCUUAAGAAUGUGCAGACCAUCAUCCUCGUGCAUCUCAUCGCGAAAAUCGGAUUCCAGGCCAACGAUGGAGUUACGAGUCUUAAGCUUCUAGACAAAGGUUUUGGACAAGACAACAUGGCAUUGGUGGUCUUGAUUGAUUUCCCCUUUGAGAUCUUCCUCGGUUACUAUGCCGGUAAGUGGUCCACGGAAUACACACCCAUGCGACUGUGGUGCUGGGCGUUCGUUGGUCGCCUAGCAGCUGCCGUGCUGGCCCAGGCCACUGUGGCAAUCUUCCCGGCCACCCCGGAGGUUCCGUUUUGGUACCUGCUAGCAGUUAUCGGAGAGCAUGUGAUCUCGACCUUCAUGAACACGGUCAUGUUUGUUGCCGUGUCGGCGUUCCAUGCUCGUAUUGCCGAUCCGGUCAUUGGGGGAACCUACAUGACCUUGUUGGCUACUGUCUGCAACCUCGGUGGUACAUUCCCUCGCUACUUCAUCCUCCGCCUAGUCGACCUCUUCACCGAAGCAACCUGCACCCCCCCGACCACCCCACCUGCCGCAGAAACUCUCAAAGAUGCCCUCGUGACAUCCCCCUUCUCCUGCGCGCUUGAACCAGAGAAGAACCGCUGUGUUAAUGGCGGCGGCACCUGCCACGUCGUCCACGACGGAUACUACACGACCAAUAUUUUGUGUGUUUUGGUUGGCGUGAUUACGUUCAUGUUGUUUAUUAAGCCGGCUGUUAUCAAGUUGCAGGCGUUGCCACUUAGGGCUUGGAGAGUUGCGUCGGGGAAUCGGUCUUAA